AUGUUCGGCACAUUUACAUAUCAAGAGCGACAUGCUUUACUGCUGCGAUCCCAAUUGGAAACAUUGGAAGAAAAUUUUAAGGAACUACCAACUAGAAAAUGCUUGAAUAUUAUUCGUGGCUUGACAUCCCGUUCAUUUAAAUUUCAAAAUGAAGACGAAAUGAAUACCAUAUCAGGAUUAUUUAAUCAUUUACCAGUAUGGAUUCAAAAACGAUUAGAAGUUAAUAAUGAAAUAGAGCCAUCGGCUUAUAAAUCUUCUGAUUUAAUGGAAAUAUCAUUUGGAUACUUAUUAUCAACACAAGCGUAUCGUUGGCGAACGAAAGUUGCUGAUAAGCAUUUGUUAAAAUGGGAAACAGAUGUCAGACAGAAACAUUUAACUAUUAAACAUGGGACUUCGGAAUUUAGCCUAAAUCAAGAUUGUUUAGAUAAAUAUUUUAUUAUUCUAAGCAACCAAUCUGAAAAAUAUAAAAUCAUUUUGCCUCUCAAAACAUCACCUCGAUGUUAUGAUUCUCCUCAACACCGACACAGUUCAUAUCGUCAAAGAAAACUUGAUUUCGGCAGCAUUGAUGGAGCAUGUUUGGCAAACAGUUCCGCGUUAUCCUUGAAGUUUCGCAGCCAAAAGUCAUUAGAAGAGUUUAAAGAAUUUUUGGUUACUGUACUAAAAUUAGAUCACCAUCAAGGAAAGAUCAAUUGCAAUCGAAUGUCGGCUCAAGCCUUGUUGUUCGAUCAAAACUUAUCAAACUUUUGGUCUAAUUAUGCUUUUCAAAUGCUCAUGACAUUAGGAUAUCGGAUUAAACAUCGACUAACAGCAGAUACUUUAGAAAAAAUAAAGUAUUUAUCAAAUUUAUCAUACGGUGAACAAUAUCCCAAUCACCGAUGUUAUUUAAAACUAACAGCUGUUUAUUAUCGAGCACGAUUCAACUGCUUCUUCGAUAUCAACGAAGAUUUUGACAAUAUCCAACCGUUGCCAUCAAGUGAGAUGUUGGAUAAAUGGGUGUAUGUUCCGCGAAUAUUUUUAACACCCUAUGGUAUAUAUCCUUUGCCAGUGAAACCGAUGCGAGGAAACCGCAUCUUGCGAGAAGAAGAACUAUUCGGUCCUGGUAGAAAUUUUUGUCGCGUUAUCAUUCGGGAUGUGGAUCUUGGACAGCCACAAGCAGACUUCAUGAAAAUUAAUCAACAAUGGGUUCAAGAUAUGAUAAUGGCAAACAAGAAUAUUCAGGUUGGUGAUCAAACAUUUGAAUUUCUACUAUGUUCAAAUAGUCAAUUGCGUGAUCGGAGUUUUUGGUUUCACUCUGAAUAUGAAGGCCGUCGGGCAACGGAUAUUCGAGAAUGGAUGGGUGAUUUUUCACGUGAAAAAUGCAUCGGAACACGUAUUGCCAGAAUGGCAUUGUCAUUAACUGGCACGACGCCAACUCUAAAGCUUUUACCUAAUCAGAUUGAAAAAAUCGACGAUAAAUUGGACGCUCAAAGUCGAAUUUUUACUGAUGGCGCUGGUAAAAUUUCUCCUAUGGCAUUAAAAGAAGCGUUUAUGAUUUACAAUUCAGAACUCCUCGAAGAUAACUAUAUGCCAUGUGUGAUUCAAGCUCGAUUAAAUGGUAUCAAAGGAGUAUUUGUUAUUGCUCCUGAUUUAAGUGAUAGGGGUAUAUUGAUUCAAUAUCGCCCAAGUCAAUAUAAAUUUAGCGUUGAUCACAACAUAUUAGAAAUUGUUAAACAUUCUAGCUCAGGAAUGGCAUUUCUGAAUCGUCAAGUAAUUGUACUACUUGAAAAUAUGGGAGUCAGCAAGCACAUUUUUGUAAAAUUGCAAAAUAAGGCACGGAUGAAAAUAUCCAUGUCUUUAUUGGCUAAUAAACAAGCUCAACAUACUCUUGAGCAACAUGUUCGAUGUUAUGAUUGGAAACGAAUACGUCAAGCAGGAACUCAACUAACUAGAGAACCGUUUGCGCGAUCAUUAUUACUUCUAUUAGCGCAAGAGCGACUCACGAAAUUAAGAGAAAAAUCGCAUGUUCAAAUUCCACUUACGGACGGACGAAUGUUGCUGGGUGUUGUGGAUGAAACAAUGUCGCUUCAAUACGGUCAAGUAUUUAUACAACUUCGUGAUCUUAAUGGUCAAAGUGAAAUUCUAAAAGAUCGCAACAUCUUGAUCACCAAAAAUCCAGCACAUUUUCCUGGUGAUAUCCGGAAAUUAGUUGCUAUCGAUUGUCCACCUCUUCAUCAUCUCUACGACUGUGUUGUCUUUCCUGCUCAAGGAGUACGUCCUCAUCCAAAUGAAAUCAGUGGUAGUGAUAUCGAUGGUGAUGAAUAUUGGGUAUGUUGGAAUGAGGAUCUUGUCAAUCAUGCAACUUUACAACACGAACCGGCAACAUUUGAUUCAGCAGAGAAAGUGAAACAUAAUGGUGAAAUCACAAUAAGGGAGAUUGCUGAUUUCCUGUUCAAAUAUUUAAGUUCAGACUCUUUGGGUGCUUUAUCAAAUCGGCAUCUUGCUUGUUGUGCCAUAAAUGGACCCGGUGAUGACAAAUCAUGCCGCUUAGCAAAGAUUAUUUCUGAGGCAGUGGACUUUCCAAAAACUGGAGUACUUCCAGAAUGUCCUAAAGAUCUGAACUUUAAAUCUUAUCCAGAUUUCAUGGAGAAUAAGUUUAAAGACUCAUUCAUAUCCGAUUCAAGUAUUGGAAUUAUGUUUCGACAAGUCAAAGAAGUCUGCGGAAUUCAUGAAAAAUGGCAAGAUGAAAAUGAUGAUGAGAAGAUUGAUGUCAAUAGAGCUUUUCUGGUUAAAAGCUUUAAAAAAUAUAUUACUCAAUCUGAAGAAGAUUAUAAAUAUUAUUCUUCGCGAAUUAAUGCCAUACUAUCGAGUUACGAUUUAAAAAAUGAAUACGAACUAAUUACAGGAUGUCAUUCAUGCGUGCAGGAAGAGAGACAAAACAAUGACUCAAUUGAAACAGCAGCAUUAGAAUUUCGUCAAUUGAUGAAAGAAAUGAGAACUCGUUUCGAUGAUGGUCAAUUGAAUUAUAGAGAAAAGCUGAGUAAAACUAGUGCAUGGUAUUAUGUGGCUUAUAAAGCAGGUACUAUUCUCAGCUUUGGCUGGAUUAUGGAUCGCUUCAUGAGUGUAAUUCUCGCAGCAAAAAAAAUAGUUCAAGAAGAACAUCAAGCCUUGAUGCGUAUUGGUGAAGCGAUAUGCGCAGUAGGUUUAGAGAAUGAUAUUAAGAAACUGGCUGAUUUAUGUCAGGUGGAAAAUGCCGAACACGAGAAUCAAUCGGAAACAGCAAAAUUAGGCUUUCAAGUGUUAGAAAUUAUUGAAAAACUCAGUCAGUCCGUGGAUAGACAACCAACUGCUCAUCUUCUUUUAACCAUCUUACAUGAAGCUGCAUUAAAAAUUUAA